GAUCUCUAGGAUAAUAGGGGCAGAAUGAGAUUGAUUUGCUCACUCCACCACCACUUCUCUCUACCAAUAUUAUCCAUCAGCCGCCAUCGCCACCGCCAAAUGGCCACCGCCGGUCAAGUCGUCGUUAGUCCUUCCAAUACCCGACUAGGAUGGAUCGGCACCGGAGUAAUGGGUCAAUCGAUGUGCGGCCAUCUAAUCAAAGCCGGCUAUUCUCUCACCAUAUUCACUCGCACUCAAUCCAAAGCCCAAACCCUAAUCGACGCCGGAGCAAAAUGGGCUACUUCACCUCGCGAACUCGCCGCUCAAUCCGACGUCGUAUUCUCCAUCGUCGGUUACCCUUCCGACGUUCGCCAAGUUCUCCUCGAUCCUUCUACCGGCGCUCUCUCCGGCCUUAACCCAGGUGGAAUCCUCGUCGACAUGACCACAUCAGAACCAUCCCUCGCGGUUGAAAUCGCCGCUCACUCUGCCUCAAAAUCCUGCUUCUCAAUCGAUGCCCCUGUCUCCGGUGGCGAUCGCGGCGCCAAAAACGCCGCCCUUUCUAUCUUCGCCGGAGGCGAUGAAACCGCCGUUUCCCGUCUCAACCCGAUAUUUUCUCUCCUGGGGAAAGUGAAUUACAUGGGUGGACCAGGAAAAGGGCAAUUCGCGAAGCUGGCGAAUCAAAUCACAAUUUGUACUACAAUGGUGGGAUUAGUUGAGGGUCUGAUUUACGCUCAUAAGGCCGGUCUUGAUUUGGAACUGUACCUUAAUGCAAUAUCUACCGGCGCGGCUGGAUCAAAGUCGCUGGAAUUAUAUGGAAGUAGGAUCUUGAAGAGGGAUUUUGAAGCUGGGUUUUUUAUUAAUCAUUUUGUUAAGGAUUUGGGUAUUUGCUUGAGAGAAUGUCAGAAUAUGGGUCUUGCUUUGCCAGGGCUGGCAUUGGCUCAGCAGCUUUAUCUGUCUCUGAAGGCUCAUGGGGAAGGUGAUUUAGGCACCCAAGCUUUGAUUCUCUCUUUAGAGAGGCUCAAUAAUCUUUCUCUUGAUUCGGCCAAUUCAUCAGCUAAGGCUUCUUCUUAAGUUUGAAUCAAAUGUUAUACUACUAAUAAUGGGAUCAGUUAUCUGUUAUCUGUAAUUGUAAUAUUGGUUAUGUUUUUUACUCAAUUGAUCUUGAUUCUUGAAGAAAAAAGCUUUGAAAUUGAAAUCAAAUCUCUUUUGCUAAUGGAGAUGGAGUUGUAGAAGAAGAAACUGUGAUCUUUCUAUCUUGUAAGACUAGUGAAUAGGUAAAAUCCAUUUUGAUUUUCAA